AUGAUUCUUUUCUAUAUUAGGGCUUGGGGUAUUAUUAAUUUACCAGUUGGUAAUUAUUCACUUCUUUUUCGUGUGGAUACUGAUACUUCUCUUACAUACUCAUUUGCUCUCGAUAAUAUUGAUAUCACUUCAUGUGACUAUCCUCCUUCAUCUGUUUCAUACAAUUCUCUUAUUUCUUUCUCGUGCAAUUUUGAUAACUUGACAAUGUGUGAUAUGAUUAACGAUGAAAAGAACUCUACAUUUAAUUUUACGAUAUUUACUGGUGAUACAAUGCCUUAUCAAGAACUUGGUCCAGUUCGAGAUCAUACAAUUAAUUCAGCAUAUGGUGGUUUUCUUUACUGGAAUCAAGAUUUACUAGUCAAUACAAGCAAUAGAGGUCGUGUAUAUCUGUCAAAAACAAUUGAGCAAAAUACUGGUAUGUGUAUUAAAUUUGCUUAUUAUGUCAAAUCAAAACUAGUUAAUAAGAAUACAACAGUAAUUCGUCUAUCCAGUAAUGGAUGUUCUAGUACAGGAUUAUGGUAUCGAUCAUUAGAUGAUAGUCGAGGAUGGCAGAUAGCUCUUGUACCUUUAAGCAAAGUUGCUAGUGCAAUAACAUUCUAUUUUGAUGUUUAUCGACUCGAACCAACAUUAACAGCUAUUGCUUUCGAUGAUAUUGAAAUUGACCAAUGUAGUUCUUUCAUAUCAACUACUACAAGUACAUCGACAACUAUUAUAACUACAUCAACUAUAUCAACAUCUACUUUGACUACAACACUUCGAAAUAAUGCUUCUCAACUAUUUUCUUUAAAUGCGUACAGUUUGAUAAUUCAUUAUGUUCUCUUUCAAAGUUUUCGACAAUUCUUUUAA